AAAGAGCUUAGAGCCCCACGAAUUUAAAAUAUUUGCAGACUGAAUUUUUUCCAACAAUCGUUCUAAUUCAGUGAUUUUAUCACCGUCGUUUCGUCGUGAAAAUCAUCGUCGCGCGUGAAAUCCGGCUUUUUGUAUUCAAGACCUAUAAGAUUCAGUUCUGAUUUUCAACAUUAUCAUUUUCUCUGGCUAGGAGUACUGGUGUUGAGAUAAAUUUAGCAGGUGUCAGUUAUUGUCUUGGAGGAUACUUGGUUGUUACAGAAGCUGUUGAAGAACAUGGGUCAGAUCUUUAGAAGUGUAUAAAAAAGAGCAUUUGGAUGUCUUGCCAUUAGAAUUGGUUCACCUAUUAACAAACUGUAACAAUUUGGAAUGGGAUGGAAGGGGGUAUUCUUUAUGUUAUUCUCUUUAACGAGUUUGGUCCAGUCAUCAGGAAGAGUGGGAAACUUUUGGACCCUGAAUGCAAGUUCUGGAUCAGCAUCACUCUAUAGCUGGGCAAUCGGCAGUGCAGCCAUAUUUGUGUUGGUGGCUCUUGUCUUGUCCAUGUAUCUUAUCUUUGAACAUUUAUCAUCAUACAAUCAGCCUGAGGAGCAGAAGUUUUUGAUUGGAUUGAUUUUGAUGGUUCCUGUUUAUGCAUUAGAAUCGUUCUUAUCGCUCUUGGAUUCAAAAGCUGCCUUUAACUAUGAGGUCAUACGGGAUUGUUAUGAAGCUUUUGCGUUAUAUUGCUUUGAGAGGUAUCUCAUAGCCUGUUUAGGUGGAGAGAAAAAUACCAUUGAAUUUAUGGAAAGUCACAGCAUGGUCACUUCAAGUGCACCUCUUUUGGAUGAAGUUUAUGCCUAUGGAGUUGUUGAGCAUCCUUUUCCACUUAAUUGCUUUAUCAGCGGGUGGUCUCUUGGUCCUGAGUUUUAUCAAGCUGUUAAAGUUGGCAUUGUUCAGUAUAUGUUACUGAAAAUGAUAUGCGCUUUACUUGCGAUGGUUUUCCAAUUUUGUGGUAUUUAUGGGGAGGGAAAGUUUGAAUGGAAAUAUGCCUAUCCAUACUUAGCUGUGGUUCUUAAUUUCAGCCAGACCUGGGCCUUGUAUUGCCUUGUGCAAUUUUACUCUGUCACGAAGAAUAAAUUGGAGCCUAUUAAGCCCUUGGCCAAGUUUCUGGUUUUUAAGUCGAUUGUGUUCUUAACAUGGUGGCAAGGUGUAGCUGUUGCAUUUCUUUUCUCAUUUGGAGCUUUUAAAGGGCGGUUGGCACAGGUUCUGAAGACACGUAUUCAAGACUAUAUCAUCUGUAUUGAGAUGGGCAUUGCUGCUGUGGUGCAUCUCUACGUUUUCCCUGCAGCACCAUACAAGCGUGGGGAAAGAUGUGUCCGUAAUGUUUCCGUGAUGGCAGAUUAUGCAUCUCUGGACAGUCCACCAGACCCUGAAGAAGUUAAAGAUUGUGAAAGAACUACCAGAGUACGGGUUGCUCGGCAUGAUGAGAGAGAGAAGCGUCCAAAAUUUCACCAGAGUGUUCGGGAUGUGGUUGUUGGAAGUGGUGAAAUUAUCGUUGAUGACAUGAAGUUCACUGUUUCCCAUGUUGUGGAACCGGUUGAAAGGGGUAUUGCAAAGAUAAACAGAACUUUCCAUGAGAUAUCUGAAAAUGUUAAGCGGCAUGAAGAAGAGAGGAAGAAGAACUCCAAGGAUGACAGCUGUCUUGUUCCCUUGAACUCGUGGACAAAGGAAUUCUCGGAUGGAGGUGAGGACUCGAUGCAAGGAAGUAUGAGUGAUGGCGGGUUGCCCCAAGUAAAGACAUUCAGAAGGGCGUCGUCAUCCCGAUUCAGGUACAGAUAGCAGACCCCCCACUGACCUAACUCAAGAUACGCGAUAUUAAGAACCUUUUCGAUAACCACCCUUAAUGUUGUAUUUUUGAAAUGAAUACUAGCAUUUGGAGAAUAAACAAGUGGUUUAGAUUCACAGUAUUGUAUAUUUGGAGUAGUGGUAGUUUUUUUUUUUUUUUGGUUUACUGUGGAAAUCUUAAAGGUGGGUUUGAACAUUGAUCACACAGAUAUUAUUGUGGAAAACCAACUAGAAAUGGCUUUACUGAUGAA